UCCGAGAUAGAGCCCAACAAAGAAGUUUACGUUUCGACAGAGAACCUCUAGACGAAGUGAAGACUCUUCCUGCUUUUUGUUGGGAAAUUGAAAUAACCUAAGAGGUAGAGAUUGAUAGGAAGAAGAAGAACGAUUCAGAGCAGAGAUUCGUAGAAUAUCGAAGAUGAACACUGACAUCACUGCCUUGGAGAAGCCCCAAUACCCUGUCGUUGACCGAAAUCCUCCAUUUACUAAAGUCGUCGGAAACUUCAGUAUCCUCGAUUACCUCCGUUUCUCAACUAUCACCGGAGUCUCCGUCACCGUCGGAUAUCUAUCUGGGAUUAAGCCUGGGAUUAAAGGACCGUCAAUGGUAACGGGAGGACUGAUCGGACUCAUGGGUGGAUUCAUGUAUGCAUACCAGAACUCGGCGGGUCGACUCAUGGGGUUUUUCCCCAACGACGGUGAGGUCGCUAGUUACCAGAAGCGUGAUGGUUUCUCCAAAUGAUGACUCUAGGGUUUUUCCUGGAUCUGGCUUAAUCCUUUUGCUGCUUCCAGACUUCGAAACCUUUCUUUUCAUGUAAUUGGAUUGAUUUUCUCUGCUACUCCUUGCUGUUUGAGGAUAUAUGUGCCUCUGUUUGUUUGUUAUGACUUAUGAUCAAUAAAAAGAUUUGAGCUUGAGAAAA